AUGCCCCUGCACUGGUUUUCCUCUGAGGUGUUCCUGCUCUUUUUGUUGGUAUGCUACAGCAGCGCGACUGCCGGCGCUGCAGGAGGGCGGAAAGAGUCGAGGGAGGUUGAGCUCUUCAAACAAGGGGAAACUCCAGUGCUUGCUGCUGGAGAAGCGAGCGAAAGCAGCUCUCUUUACGGGAGUGUCUCCUCUUUCCUCAGUCACUCGCUUCUUGACGUGAAUGGUGUGCUGGUUGCUCUUGCCGUUGGCGCACACGGCAACGAUGACAGCAACACGCGUCUUGAGCUGUGGGCAAAGCACAAUGCGUACGGAGCAGAUGAAAAGUUGAAGGAAGACGCCACAUGGGAAGGAAAAGCGUGGGAGACGCAGCGUGUGACCAAGCGACCGGAAGCAGAGGGCUACCGUGUAUCACCGCUUGGCCCCAAGGCCGUGGUGAAGGGCAAUAAAAUACAUCUGCUUCUGCAAAAAAGAAGGGUGACCACACGGGCUUCUUUGAGUGAAGUUCACUGGGGCCCUGCGUUGAUUGUUGGUGAGGUUCAGGGGUCCGUGGAAGAGCGGGGAGAGCGACGAGUCUCGUGGGGGGAUCCGCGGCCGUUGGACUCCAUGCUUGCCGGACAGAUGCGGCAGCAGUCGUGGGAGGGGCUGGGACCCGCGCGCAUGUCCAGAGGCGUCGCGGUUGGGGCGGCGACGGUACUUUUCCCUCUUGUGGGAUUCCUCAACGACGGAAGUGGCAGGCGUGCCUGCACCGUCAUGUACUCCGAGGACAAUGGGGAUAAUUGGAGGCUUCCUGCGGCGCCUCUGGUUGCUGAGGACUGUGACAGUGCCACGCUUCUCGAGUGGGCGGGGAAACUCUUUAUGGCCACCUCCGGAUUUUCUUCUCAGUGGCGGCGCAGGGUCUUCGAAUCCGGUGACGGGGGAAAAACGUGGAGAGAGGCCGCCGGGCCGGUCUUGCGCCUGUUGGGCGACGCCUACGCAUUGACGACGGUCCACGUUGCUUCCGACCUCAUGACUGCAACCAUUGCGGGCAGGAGUGUGCUGCUGUACACCACGCUGUCGGAGCAUAGUGUUGGGCGCCAAACGCACCACUUCCUCCACCUGUGGCUCUCCGACGGUGCUCGGACCCAC